AUGGAAGACGCCUGCGGAGUUGAUCUGCUUAGUUUUGUCCCACAAACCCCAUCGGAGAGUGGGGCUGAAGUGUGGGACGAGCUCCCCUAUCCCUCGUGUUUCGAUUCAGGUGGAAGUAGACAGUGGAACCCGGAUCUCUUCCCUUUUGACGUAGAGACGCUAUCGGAGAAAUGCUUCAUUGUGAGUAGGUUGUUAAACCUAGAUGUGGAUGGAAAUCAGGAGAAGGGUGAUGAGGCAAUACUGCAGUCGGCUAAAGAACUGCAUCAGAGGAGAUAA